GGUUAUUUUCAAUGUAAUUUAUAUCGCAGCUUUUAAAAUGAUUCCUUUAAUUUAUUUUAUUUCUACGUUGAGCAUCGCCACUUAUAUCGGAAGGAAUGUGCAUUGCCUGAAAAAGUUUCAAGAUGCAGACAGAGGAGAUGAUCGAUUGAACGUUGAUUUACCUACAUUAUCGGAAUCACACAUCAAAGAUCUUUCAACUAAUGAUAUUAGCAAUCUAUUCAAAGAAAUUCCACAUGUAGAUCAUGUAGUUUUAUUUUAUAUAACCUUGAAUAGUAACUGCAGGAAUUUUAUGAAUAUUUACAAUACAUUAGCUCAGCAAUGCGGAUCUGAAAACAAAGCUAUUAAUUUUGUCAAAUUUAAUUGUCAGGGUGCAACCAAAAAAUUUGAGCUCUGCCAUGAAUAUAACAUAAAGACUGUACCAACGGUUGCCUACAUUUCAAGCCAUAUCAUCCAAAGGAAUUACAUGCCUGUUAAAUCACUACUUAGACGGGUAUUGAAAUAUCUCCUUUUCACAAGCCGAUCUGAUGACAUAAGUCUGCCGAAUGCAACAUGCUACAAGGGAGACUUGUUCGUCUAUGAAGAACUCAGAGAUUGGGUCUCAAUAAUGUAUAAUCUUUCAUACAUAAAUCGCAAAAUGAGGAGCAUGACAAGUUUAAGACAAAUAAUAUUUUAUCUUUGGAGUAAAGUGACGCAAUUUUUUUAAGAUAAUACAUAAAGUCAUUAUUAA